UUCCCAUUUGUUAGUAUUAUAACGAAUUACUUCUGUUUGGUAAAAGAGAAAAUGAAACACAGAAAUUGUGUAAAGUUUAUAUUAAUGUAAUUUUCAUAUGUUUUCAUUUAACAUUCUCAUAAUUUUGGUUUAAUUUUUACAAUAAACAUUUCAAAAACUUAAGAUAUUGCAACAGACACAACUUCAAAUAAGCUAAGCAAACAAUAAAUUUGUCUCUUUUGAAGCAGUUUGAGAUGAGUUUGCAGAAUAACAAUUACAUUUAUAUAUGAAUUCAACGGAAAUUAAAGAAAUGUUUGUAUAAUUUCAGUAAGUAUAAAAAUUGCUGAGAAUUAACCGCAAAUCGAAUAUACAAUCGUAGGCACUAUAAACAUUAAAAUAAACACUUAUAAUUCUCUCCGUGGUGCGUCACAAUUCUUACCUAUAAAUAAGUAAAUAAUAAAAAUAAUGCAAAGAAACGUUGGCGAGGUAAUCAGUUCAAAUUCUGCAACUCGAUAAGAAGGUUCGUCUUUACUUCUCCAACAAAAAAGAAGAAACAUGUCGAAUCGCCAUAUUCCGAUUCUGAAAGUCCUUCUCUUGGGGGAUAUGUGCGUUGGGAAAACUUCUUUGAUGCGUCGUUACGUAAACAAAACUUUUACCUCCGUCUAUAAAAAUACGGUUGGUGCGGAUCUUGGCACUAAGCGAUUGGUUAUAAAUGAAAGCUUGGUGAAUUUGCAGAUAUGGGAUACAGCAGGACAAGAAAUAUGUGGAAAGCUGGGCACGAUUUUCUAUCGUGGAGCCGAUUGCUGCUUUCUUGUCUUUGACGUUACGAGCCGAAAAUCCUUCCAGAAUUUGAGCAAGUGGUGGGAGGAUUUCUUUUCGAUGGCUGGAAUAAAAAAUCGCGACAAAUUUCCACUUGGUGUGGUGGGAAAUAAAAUUGACUUGGAAAAUGAGAGAGAAGUCUCAAAGCGAGAAGCUCAGCAGUGGUGCAAAUCGUUUUCCGUUCCAUACUUUGAAUGCUCGGCGAAAGAUGGCAGCGACGUGGAACUGGCAUUUGAAUCGUUGGCAGAGAAAGCCGUGGCCAUCCAGGACGAAAAGUGGGUCGAACCUGUCACUUACUUUAAUGAGUCCUUCGUAAUAGUGGAUGCACCUCCAGAAAAACGACGAAAGAAGUGCGACUGCAACUAAAAAGAGAUUGAUUUCGUUUUAAAAAUACAUUAAUAUUAUUAAAUAUGUUUAAAUGUAUAAAUUACAUAAUAUUUUUAAUGAAAUUAUUAAAUUUA